AUGUCAUCCUUCGGCUUUGACAGCACGCGCCAUAACCCCGCUGCGACUGGGUUUUCUCAAGCCCGCAACCCAUUUGCCGGGCUCUCGAACCGUGAUGACGACGGUGACGCCCUCGAGUUUGAAGACACCUACGAUGGCUUAGGAGAUCAGCUAGACGAGACGGACGACGUUUUCAAUAAUGAUACAUUCGGCGACACGAGUGGCCUGACCUCUGCUCCGGUUGGCAAGGACUUUGACUUCUUUGGCCAGACCGCCAAGGUCGCAAACGCCAUCGAGGAAGAGCAUGUACGCUUUCAGCGUCAGCAACCGGCUUCCAAGGUCGUGCAGCCAGCCGCACAAACGUUCGCACGCAUUCCCACCGAAGCCCCGGUAUCUAGAUACGCCUCCCAGCCGGUGCCCUAUAAACCUGCGCGCACAGGGUAUGAAAAAUACAGCCAGGAACCAGUCGCUGAGCUUCAGGUUGAUGCGGCGCUCUGGGGUGUUGCGCCGAAGAAGCAGCCAACUCCUGCUGCUGCACCGGCCCCAGCCUCAGCUCCCGCUCAGGCUUCUUCCUCAACCCCGGCGCCCGCUGGCCGGAAGAUGAUGAGUCUUGAGGAGGUGGAGGCUCAAAUGCGCGCCCAGCCCAAGAAGCCGGCUCAACAAGCAACACCGUCUCCGGCGCCCCAGCCCCAAAUUCAACCGCAGAUUCCGCAUGACAAUGGCUACCAGUUUGCCCAGCCAGCUCAACCCCAGGCUGCUGGACAAGCGGAUCACCUGCGGCCCAAGGAGCAAUCUUUUCAUCCUGGUCACGGACACCCGGUAACUAUUCUCCAGAGGCCACAGUCGAAGCAUACGCCGCCGGCGCAACCUCUUGUCCAACAGCCUGUGACCCAGCCUGCUCUUCAUCAGCGUCUACCCCAACAGCCACCUAGUUCCGUUCAACCCGUUCAACCCACCCAGAUCCUGCAAAAUCCCAACCGGUUGUCUGGAGAUGCCGCCAAGUUUGGCCUACACUCGCAUCCAACGCCCCCGAUUCCUGGCAACUUCCCUGCGCAUCCUUCUCAUCGUCAGCAAGGCUCGUUCUCCCGGCAGCCCCUCGCCAACCAUUCAGCGCAGCUUUCACAGCUGACGGAAGAGGAAAAGAUGGCAUACAUGGACCAAGAAGCCAAACGUGCCAAGCGCAACCACAAGAUCUUUCUCAUGUCUCGCGACAAUGGCAUUAUGACACCGCAGGACAAGAACUUUGUUACUCGUAUUCAGCUUCAGCAGCUGGUUUCCGCUACCGGGAAUCCCAACGAGCAUGGGACGGAUGAGUCCCUCGCAGAAGACUUCUACUAUCAGGUGCACAACCAGAUACAGGGCGGCCAGCGCCAGCACCCGAGCCAGCCACUCAGUAAUUUUGCUCAAACAUAUCUGUACCAGACUGGUAGCCGGCAGGGCGGCUUACGCCGUCACAACCGUGGACCCGAGAACCACAUGCAACGAAUGGAACAACAGGUCCAGCGUGCCGUUGAAGCUGCCAAGAACAAGCCCAAGAACAAGCAGCUUGUUAUUGAGGGAAGUCUAGGGAAGAUCUCUUUCAGCAACGCCAAAACUCCGAAGCCGCUGCUUAACAUCAAGCGACACGAUAGCUCUAGCGAGGCCCAUCGUCCCAGUAGCUCGCACAGGAACGCCCAUGCUUUCCACGGAACAGACAAGAAGGGAGAGUUGCACUCCAUUGAGACCAUAUACUCUACGCUUAUGAAAAUGGAAGACCAUGACCGUCUCAUGCCUCCGCCUCCCUCCGACGACGCAGAUACUGAAGGUAUCCAGAGAUUUGUUGCCUGGAGCAACGAUGCGCAGGCCCUCAACAAGAAGCUCUGGAAGGCUCUUCGGGUUCACGACCACUCCGGUCCCGAUAACAUCCACCCGUUCAUCGCCCUUCUUUCGUAUGCCAAGGGUAAGAAAGCAAUGCAGCGCAUUUUCCGCCAUUCCACGCAGGAGCAGCGCACGACCAUCCUCACUCUCAUUGUUGUAAACCUCGACAACCUGGAUGUUGUUCGGAAUGCUCAAGUUACCACAGGCGAGAUGCAGCUUAAUUCUGCCAUGCGUGAGAACGUGGAACUCUUCUCAGUUGCCGUCAUGUCGACUCUGUUCACUUUUAUGAACGAGCUUGAUCUCGACCUUGUUGCCGGGGUGCUCGGUCUUGUCUGCACCCGGAACGUGGGUCUCAUCGCCAGGAGCAAGAUUGGCGUAUCGAUGCUCACCAUGAUCCUCAGCCGUGCUGAAAUUAUCAAGCAUGGAGGAGGAGGCAGCGAGCAAUCUUGGCGUGCUUGGGAUGCCACAUACUCGCAAUUCUUCGACCUGAUCGAACCCUCGCUUCCCCAUAUCUUCCCAGGGACAGUCCAUUCGGGCGAGGAUGUCUACGUCUGGCAGCUUCUUGCCGCCAUAGGCAUUGGAGCUGGCCCUGACCAGCAGCAGAGACUCGUACUUGCUGUCAAGGAUCGUGUCAUGGACACAGUUUCCCUUUCCAAGACGCUACCUCAAGACCUGGCCUCUCAGCGCCUCCAAAACGUCAACCUCUUCAUGCGUUCGAUCGGCUUGGAUGUCGAGCUCCUCCAAUGA